AUGACCAUCAACACCGCCCAAAUCUCGGCCCAGCCCGAAGGAUCCAGCCAGAUGAGCAUCAGCAAUGCCGCCCCCGGCCUCCGUAAGCACCUCACACACAUCCUCCGCAUCGUGCCCUCCUCACACGACGCUGUUGCAGAGUCGCAGCAGGUCGAUAGUCACCCGGCGACGCAGACCGCGGCCCGCGGCCCGCUCUCCCGAGCCGUCCUGCGCAUCCGCGGAGGAGAGGGCCACCAUUGCAUCGCCGAAUGCUGCUGCUGUCUCUGCAUCUGCUGCGGUAAGCCCCGCCCAUCCUGUGCCCACAUCGUCGAUCGCUUUUCCCCUUGUCCGAGCAGGCCUUUGCUUACUUGUCUUUCCUCUCUCCGCCAAUACCCCCUCAACACACCCCGGACCAAACCCAACAGGUAUCGAAGAGCUACUGUGUAUCGAAGCGAUAGACGACUGCUUCGGGAUGUGCUGCUAGUCGCCCGACACGGAAAAAUGCUCGGUCGGAGCGGCGCGCGUGUCUCCUCCAGCGCCGCCCUGAUGCUGAGCCCCCAUAUCCGACCUGGCCCUGUCUGCCUGUCUUCUUCUUGA